AUGAUUCGAAGUCUCGUUCAAGCCAGGCCUCGAGUGCGCAUCAGCGCAUGCGAAUGUGCUUGCGCUUGCGCUGGCGCUGCGAGCGGUUGUCGACUUCCGACCAACGCCAUUCGCACCAUCACAAGUCAGCAUCCGUCUGCUUCGACUUCUCGAGUGCAGCUCUUGCCUCAUAUUUCGGGAUCGACCGCGGAAAGGCGUGCAGUCAAUCGCCCCUUUACUUCAGCUACUACCACACGAUCCGAAAGUGGCUCGCAAGCACAGCUCUCCCCAGAGAUAGAGGAGGAAGUUCACUCCGCUCUGCGCUUCAUAGUGCCUCAACUUUUGGUCGCUCAGUCCGGGACCACUUCACCAAGGACGGAUGGUGUGGAAGGAGAUGAGGCGGCGUCAGCGGCAGCGAUAGCUGCAGUGGAGGCCAAACUCGCCGAGAGGAGAAAUGAUCUAGGAGUUGGCAAUGUGGAAGAGAUCAGAGCAGUAUGGCAAGAAUGGCAAGAUGCUGAGAAUGUCAGUCCUUAUAACGUACUACCUCAGGUUGGGUGAAUAUGCUGACUAUGAGCUGGGCCCCUCGCAGCAACGUGUAGCUCUUCAAGGGAUGCAGGCAGACGAUAGUAUGGCGGAAUUGGUAGCGGAGGAAGAGCAAGCGAUUGAUGCUGCUCAAAAGUCUGCCUUGAACCGGCUUUACGGUCUCAUACUUCCACCCGAAGGCUCCCAGACGGAGGGUGCCAUCAUGGAAAUACGGCCUGGUGUAGGAGGUGCAGAAGCGACGCUGUUCACAGGAGAUUUGUUGCGCAUGUACAGGACGUAUGCCAGUGCAUACACUUCUUCGACAGGCUCGGGUUGGAAAGUCGAGCUUCUCCGAGUGGUGGAGGCAGACUCCUUCGGCUUUGAAGCGUACAAAGAAGUGACACUUCGAGUAGAGGGCAAAGAUGCGUACAGGCACCUCAAAAACGAAGCCGGCGUACAUCGCGUACAGAGAAUCCCAAAGACUCAGAACUUGGGGAAGAUUCAAACCAGCACUGCUGCGGUUAUUGUUCUUCCUCAGAUACCGGAACAUGCGUCGGAAGUCAAGGAUAUUGUGGAUGUUGCGGAUGUGAAGGAGGAAGUGAUGCGCAGUCGGGGCGCUGGAGGACAGGUGAGUACGGCAAGCGAGCGAUCAGGUGUCGAUUAUUUGCGUCUGGAUUCAGCAUUGAUGCGCUCUAUCACGCCUGUCACGGUGCUUUGCAGCACGUCAACAAGACAGAAUCGGCAGUCAGAUUGACGCACGAGCCGACAGGAAUCAGUGUAUCGAUGCAAGAUUCUCGUUCGCAGCACCAAGUGAGUCUGCGCAAAGAGGACAUCGAGAAGCUUGACAGAGUGCAGUGCUCGUACAUUCCUGAUCCACGCAAUCGCGCUUGCCCGGUCCGCUCAGAAUCGCGCAAAAGCUUGGCAGAUCCUCAGAGCUCGAUUACUGGAUCGAAAGAUUCAAGCUGAAGAGGAGAGUAAACGAUCGGCGAGGCGAAGCCAGGUUGGAAGCAUGCAUCGCGUAGAUAGGAUUAGAACGUACAAUUAUCAGCAGGUAAGCACGGCCAAUCUGGGCACGAAGUGAGAAGAGGAUGCGGUAGUGUGACCUGCUGUGGUCGCCUCGAGCAAUCGCGCAGCAGGGCGCUCGGCUUUCGAACGUCAUUGCUGACAACUUGCGCUUCCACCGGCGCGUCCAGGAUCGAAUAACGGAUCAUCGAAUCUCGCUCUCCUUGCCUUUAGACCGCGUCAUGUCCGGAGAUUCUUCUUUUGGUCUGGGACACAUUUUGACGUCGCUCGAGGAGCAUUCCGAUUUGUUGAGACUGAGAGGGAUGAAAGAGGACCUGCAGAGAGAUUUGGAGCAAGAAGGGACUGGUGAAGAUGAGAAGGAGAGGGGAAAGGGUAGGAAUAACACGAAGAAAUGA